CUGCUGGUGGGUUUCCAGUAGCUGCCUGGCCACCGCCUUCUUUCUGCUCCCCCUCCCUCUCCUCCUCAUCCGCUACUGCAGCAGCAGCCCGGUGCCUCCUGGAUCCAUGAAGGAAGACCCCCUGCACGGCACGUCCCCUGCCACGAUGGGCCGCAAGCUGUAUAUUGCGUUGUUGUGUUGAUAUUGAGAUAUUUCAGUUCUCAAAUAUGAAUCAUGCAUUUGAUAUUUCUGGCCACUUUGCUCGUCAGCAUCCUUUCGCCUUGGCUUCAUCUAUCACUAGCGUCAUCCGGUUUUUCAUGUCUGUGCGGUGGCAAUUGUCUUGCAGAUUCUCAAGGAGUAGGGGACAAGGUUGAAUGGGACGCAGUGCCAGCCCUGCCAGAGCAACAGGCAACUGCAGCACCUGCCACAGACAACACAACCCACCAUGCAGUAGAGCAUGUGAUCACCUACCCCUCCCGGUUGAUAUACUACCUAAACGAGGACUCAGAGAGUACUUACCAUGACCUGGACACCCGUAUCAAGAACCAAGCCACAGACGGGCAGCCAGUCCACCUUGCUCAGGCCAGUUUCCAGUUAGAGGCGUUUGGCUCCAGAUUUGCUCUGGAUCUAGCAUUGAACACUGACUUGCUGUCUUCCGAUUACGUUGAGAUCCACUAUGAGGCAGGGAAACCUGUUCUUUCAAAGGGCGGUGAGCACUGUUACUACCACGGCCAGGUGAGAGGGAACGAUAACUCCCAUGUGGCCUUAUCUACCUGCAACGGGCUGCACGGGAUGUUUGACGAUGGAGUCUAUGUGUAUCUAAUCGAGCCCUUACAGCAGACUCAUUCAAUCGAUACAGCUGCACGGCCUCACAAAUUAAGAAGAACAGCCUCUCUUCAGUGGAAAAAUGAUUCAGGAGAACAGGUUGAGGAGGAGGAGCAGCUCUUCUCAGAACUGGAUGACUUGUCCUGGCUGAAGCGCAGGAAAAAGCGAGCAAUGCCUCGCAAUGUAUUUGAGGAGAUGAAGUAUUUGGAGAUCAUGAUUGUCAGUGACCACAAUAUGUAUAAACGACACAAGACCAAGCAGCACACAAGGAAUUUUGCCAAGUCGGUGGUGAAUUUUGUGGAUGCUAUCUUCAAAGAGCAACUUCACACACGUGUGGUGCUCGUUGCUGUGGAGAUCUGGACAGACAAGGAUCAGAUCCCCAUCAGCGUGAGGCCGCUGGAGAUGCUGCGGGAUUUCUCCAAGUACCGGCAGCAGAGCAUCAAGCACCAUGCCGACGCUGUGCACCUCUUCUCAAAUGUGACCUUCCACUACCGCAGGAGCAGCGCAGCUUACUUUGGAGGCAUGUGUUCUGGGAGCAGAGGAGUAGGCGUCAACGAGUACGGCACAUCCUGGUCCAUGGCGGGGGCUCUAUCCCAGAGCCUGGCUCAGAACCUGGGCAUCCAGUGGGACCCUCCGUUGAAGAGAAAGGAAUGUGGUUGUGUUGACCCGUGGGCUGGUUGCAUAAUGGAGGACACUGGGGUCCAACACCCACGGAGAUUCUCCAAAUGCAGCAUCACAGACUACAAGGACUUCCUUUUGAAAGGCGGAGGCUCGUGUCUGUUUAACAGGCCAACAAAGCUGUUCGAGGCGACAGAGUGCGGAAAUGGAUUUGUGGAAGUCGGAGAGGAGUGCGACUGUGGAGCGAGAGCAGAAUGCUACAAGGAAUGCUGCAAGAAGUGUUCCCUUGCCAACGGGGCGCACUGCAGUGAUGGCCCGUGCUGCAAUAACACAUGUCUGUUCUAUCCACGAGGCUACAGCUGCCGCUAUAAUGUGAACGACUGUGACAUCUCAGAGACCUGCUCUGGGGACUCUGGACAGUGCCCUCCCAAUCUUCAUAAACAAGAUGGCUACUUCUGCCAGGUUAACCAGGGCCGCUGCUACAACGGAGAAUGCAAAACCAGAGAAAGCCAGUGUAAAUACAUCUGGGGGUCAAAGGCUGGAGGCUCGGAGAAGUUCUGCUACGAGAAGCUGAACACGGAGGGCACAGAGAAGGGCAACUGUGGGAAAGAUGGAGAAAAAUGGAUCCAGUGUAGCAAGCAUGACGUGUUCUGCGGUUACCUUCUCUGUUCCAACAUUGGCCGCAACCCACGCAUCGGCAUCAUGAAAGGAGAAAUCACCCCAGCCUCCUUCAACCAUCAAGGCAGACUGGUAGACUGCAGCGGUGGCCAUGUCCUUUUGGAUGAUGAGACUGAUUUAGGCUACGUGGAGGAUGGGUCUCCCUGUGGGCCGUCGAUGAUGUGCCUUGACCGCAAGUGUCUACCCAUCCAGUCACUCAACAUGAGCACCUGCCCUACUGGACCUAAUGGACAGGUGUGCUCUGCCCACGGGGUGUGCAACAAUGAAGCUACAUGCACCUGCGACACCACCUGGGCAGGGACAGACUGUAGCAUGCCUGACCCGCCUAAAGAGCCUGAGGCCACUCAGGACGAAGGACCCAAGGUGAGCGUGGCCACUAACAGGCUGAUAGGGGCAGUAGCAGGGACCAUUCUGGCCCUGGGGGUGAUUUUUGGAGGCACAGGGUGGGGAAUAGAAAAUGUGAAGAAACGGCGAUACGACCCCAAUGCCUCAGCCAUUUAACCUGAGGAGAGAUGGCAAUAUCAGACGGACUCCUCCAAGGCCUCCUUAGUUGGCUACCUGACAGCUGGACUGCACUUAUUGCUGCUGAUCUUUGGCAUUAGAUUUACUUGAAAAAGACAUAGUGGACAUUUUAACAAAUUCCAUCGUAGUGAUGUUAGAAAUGCAGCCUUUUCAACUCCAUCUCACCCAUGUAACAAACCCACACCCCCACCCUGAUCUCUAGAGUGACAGAGCUCCUCUUCCAUCCUUUAGUGCCAGUGCACAGGCGUUCAGGCGGAAUCCACACCACGCUCUCACCUGGCAUGAUUUUCCGCACAAAAAGCGUGCUGCUUGCUGGCCCCCUGGCAUGAAGAGCCCUCUCUGCAGGGCUCUGCAUGGCUACAAAAGCUACAAAUAUACCGCAUAAAACCAUACAAAGAGAAAAAAAAACUGAAUUAUCUAAUGCAGGUGAUGGCCUCAUUAAAACCAAACCCAGUGGAAAGCCAGCUGAAGACUUAUCGCUCACGUUUUAGGUGCUGUAAAGGAUAAGGAGGCUGCAUGUGAGGACCCAUAAGGGCAGUGCAGAACACAAAGUGAAUGCAUACACACAGAAUUGUACAUAAAUAAGGAGUUCAGGUUUGGAAUUAACAGCAUAUUUUACCAGGACAUCAAUUGCUUUUGUUUUUUAUCUUAGCAUGUUGUAUAGCGGGUGUUUUUGGCAAUGUUAUUAAAAGAAAAUUGGCCAAAAUUACUCACGCACGCUGCACACACGGCCUCUUGCGGUUGUCUGGGAGGAGUUUAUAGAUUCAGCAGACAGAGCAGCCGUGGUGGUCGAGGAGAAGCAUGUCAGUUCUAGAGGGAUUCAGACUGAUGUCAGAUUAAAAUUCCCCCUCCCCAGGAAGUAUCUUCAACCGUGACUCAAAAGCCAAAGAACCAAUCACCUGAACAUAUGGAUGUUGUUGCACACAGAGCACUUUCCCCUCUGUCUGCAGCCAGUGGUGCCUCUCCUACUGCUGAGGCAUGAAGUCUGUCCAGCCAGGUCUCACGUAACAGUCCUCAUCAACACCCACUAUACUGGCUUUACCUUUUGCUCUCAUAAACUCUUAGUAGAAUCAAGUUCAGCUCUACUGGCAACGCUGCAUGCAAUCACUAUAGUGGGCUUAUAAAUCUAUAUGGGAGUCCCCAAAAAUCAGCAAGAAAAAUAUGCUACAAAAGAUAGGUGCAUGUCAACGACAGAAACAUUUAACUUUUAUUUACUAUGCAAAGAGAGAUAUUGCACAAAUGUAUGGGUCAUAAUGAUAUCAAUGUAGACAUGGAAUUACAAAAAAAACUUCUGCUAAUCAGCUAAUCUUUUGUAUUUGGCCACUCCCUCGUCUUGUUUCACUUCGCUUCGACAUACUCAAACUAUGAAUGGACAAAUAGAAAACAAAGAAUGAAUUGAUAUUUCCAAUGAAAAAGCGAGAGAGCACCCUUUUACAUUUGUGGAACUGAAAAUCAUUUUUGUGUGUUUUUCAUCUGGUCCGACAUUUUUAAUCUCACACAUGCACACACACGUACACAAACACACUGUAUGGUGCCUGUACAUAAUGAGGCCUGAACAGUUUCCUUGUGCAGGGCUAUUAUUUCCAGUCCAGCUGACAGUUGGUGUGUUCCAGGUGCUGCCAUAGCACUGGCAUCGAUGUAAUCCUCCAUGUUACUCAUCAUAUGGUGUCGCCCUCUCACUGCAUCAUGUACAGUUCGACCGAUGAAUAAACUAAUGACAAAUUUUA